AUGGCUUCACCACAUCCAUUUGAAUCUGCAAAAGAUUAUGAAAUUAGAUUAACUUCAAAAUUAAUUAAGGAUUCUUAUCCUGCUUCAGCAAAUGUUCAUUUUGUUCAAAUUGAUAGAUUAGAUCCUCCAAAAAAGGAUAUGAUCAAAUAUUUAGCAGCUGAAAGAGAAGGAUUAAAAACUCCACCAAUUCCAAGAGUAUUUUAUGCUUAUUAUUACACAAAUGAUUUAGAAUUCAAUAAAGCAUUAGUCAAUGUUACUGCUGGUCAUAUUAUUACUAAGCAACAACAACCUCAAGGUACUGUUGGUCCAUUUUUACCAGAUGAUAUGAUGGAAUGGGAAGAACAUUGUAAUAAUCAUCCAAUUGUUAUUGAAGAAAUCAAAAAAUUAAAAUUACCAUCAAAUUAUACUGUUAGAAAUGAUCCAUGGAUUUAUGCAACUGAUGAUCCAAAUGAAAAAAGACCAUUAGUCCAAUUUUUUAUGUAUGUUUUAGCAGGUAAUGGUCAUACUGAAUCAAAUCAUUAUUCUUUACCAUUAAAAUUUUCACCAGUUUUUGAAGCUUUUACCAAAAAAUUCGUUAGAAUGGAUUAUUUACCAGGUGGAUUUGAUGCAACAACUGUUCCAACUGGUCCUUGGCAAGAGGUUCAAUGUUGUGAAUAUCACCCAGAUUUAAAUGGUGAAGUUGUUCCAAGAGAUGUUAAACCAUUAUUAAUUUCACAACCUGAAGGUCCUUCAUUCACAGUUCAAGGUAAUUUAGUUAAAUGGCAAGGUUGGGAAUUUAGAGUUUCAAGUACUUCAAGAGAAGGUUUUGCUGUUUAUGAUGGUUAUUUCAAAGGUAGACAAGUAUUUUAUAGAGUUUCAUUAUCAGAAAUGACUGUCCCAUAUGGUGAUCCAAGAGCUCCAUAUCACAGAAAACAAGCAUUUGAUUUAGGUGAUUGUGGGUUUGGUGUUAAUGGUAAUAGAUUAGCAUUAGGUUGUGAUUGUUUAGGUGUUAUUAAAUACAUGGAUGGUCAUGGUAUACAUGCAAAUGGUGAACCAUUUGUAAUUCCAAAUACUAUUUGUAUGCAUGAACAAGAUGAUGGUUUAUUAUAUAAACAUGUUAAUUAUAGAACUGGUAAUGCUACUGUUGCAAGAAGAAGAAUCUUUAUUGUACAAACUAUUGCAACUGUUGCUAAUUAUGAAUAUAUUAUUAAUCUUAAAUUCGUAUCGGAUGGUUCAAUUGAUAUUGAAGCAAGAGCUACUGGUAUUUUAUCAACUAUGCCAAUUGAUGAAAAUGUUAAAGUUCCAUGGGGUACUAUUGUUGCACCAAAUUGUAUGGCAGCAUAUCAUCAACAUAUUUUAUCAUUCAGAAUUGAUCCAGCUGUUGAUGGUCAUAAAAACACUGUUGUUUUUGAUGAUACCAAGAAAUUACCAAAAGAUAAAGAAUUAAACCCAUAUGGAAUUGGAUUUGUAUCAGAUCGUAAAUUUGUUGAAAAACCAGGUUAUGUUGAACAAUCACCAUUUACAAAUAGAUCAUAUAAAAUUAUUAAUGAAAAUGUUAUUAAUCCAAUUUCAAAAACUCCAGUUGGUUACAAAAUUUCAAUGCCAGCAAGACAAAUGUUAUUAGCCGAUGACACUUCAUUUAAUACAAGAAGAGCAAAAUUUGCAACUCAACAAGUAUGGGUUACUAAAUAUCAUGAUAAUGAAUUAUUUGCUGCUGGUGAAUUUACAAAUCAAUCACAAAAAGAUACUGGUUUAGCUGAAUGGAGUGUAAGAGAUGAAAAUGUUAGAAAUGAUGAUUGUGUUGUUUGGGCCACUUUAGGUUUUACUCAUAUCCCAAGAGUUGAAGAUUUCCCAGUUAUGCCUGUUGAAAUUCAUAAUAUCAUGUUGACACCAUUUAAUUUCUUUGACAAAAAUCCUGCAUUAGAUAUCCCACAAGCUAAUAAUAAUUUUAAUAAAUCAAUAUUAGUUGAAAGUAAAGAAGAAGGUGGUUGUUGCAAAACUAAGAUAUAA